UUAACUAGCGAAGGAGGACAUUGUGAGAGAGAGAGAGAGAGAGGAUGUCGGGGAACGGCGAUGGGGCGAAGACAGCUAAAAUAGAGGUGUGGUGGGACAUGAAUGACUGCCCGAUACCACGGGAGGGGUAUGAUGCUCGUCGGGUCCGUCCAAGUAUAGAAAGAGCGUUCAAGGAACUAGGCUACUCUGGUCCUGUCUCCAUCACUGCCUAUGGCGACCAAAAACAAACCCCUUGCCACGUCUUGCGAGGGCUCUCUUCCACUGGAGUCACUGUUGCACAUACCAAUUCCGAAAGCAGGCGGUCAGUCAUGUAUCGGGAUAUGGUGGAAUGGCGAGGUCAAAAUCCACCACCGGCUACAAUAAUGAUCAUAUCCGAUCAGUUGGAAGGUGACUUGUUAUGGGAUCUGACCCGUCUGCAACAGCGCACUAGAUACCACCUUUUCUGGCUUAUUCAAUGAAACCUUGGAGUGAUUCAUUGCUUUUCCGUCAAGCAAAUUGGCGGUGGGAACAAUUACUAAGCGAACCAUUACUACUUAAUGUUGUGGAGGAGGAGGAGGAGGGUGGAGGAUUAUCAUUAUCUCCUGCCUGCAUGUUUUAUUGCAAAUCGUGUGAUUUUAAUUGCAAAAGCCUGAAGAAAUACAGGAAGCAUCUCUCGAGCUAUGAGCAUGGACUAAAAGAGGCUGUAGAUCCUCCGUACACACGACUCUUAUGUGUAACAAAGAAUUGGGCAAGGAACCACCCGGCCACCCCUGAACACGCCACAGCUAAAAUACUGGUCUUGUGGAGCAUGAAAGACUGUCCGAUUCCUGAGGGGUAUGAUGCUCGUAGGGUCCGUCCAAGUAUAGAAAGGGCGUUCAAGGAACUAGGCUACUCUGGUCCUGUCUCCAUCACUGCCUAUGCCAACCAUAACGAAACCCCUCAUCACCAUCUUUCAGCGCUCUCUUCCACUGGUGUCGAUUUUGCACAUGUCCUUCCCUGGGUCGCAUACAGUAGCAUGUAUUCAGAUUUGGAGGAAUGGAAAUUUGAUAAUCCUGCUCCGGCUUCAUUUAUGAUCAUAUCGGAUAAAGUUGCUUCCUGCAAGAACCGUUCAUCAAUUUAUUGCACGGCUCUACAAAGGAGCAACUACAACUGUUUUUUGGCUUAUUCAGUUAGGCCUUUUGAAAUGCCAGUCCUGCUCACUUCUGCAGAAUGGCUCUGGGAUAGCUUACUUGCAGUUUCAGAGACAAGAGGAGGAGGACACACUCUUCAGAAGUGCAGUGGAAGUGAAAUGGUUGUUGCAUCUGCCGCCGGUAUGUUUUGUUGCAGAUUGUGCUACUGUGAUUGCAAAAGCCUGGAUGCUUUCAAUAAGCAUCUCUCAAGUUAUAAACAUACAAAGGAAGAGCACAGAAUGCUUUCGCAUAUGCAAUCUCUACCUCGCGAGGGUAUGCUCUAUAGAAUAUCCAAGUACCAUGAUAGGGUAGGAUAUCCUCCCAAGAAGACCAUACGUAUGAAGAAGAAGAAAGCAACGUGGAAGGGUUUCGUCCCAAGACCAUUACGUUUUACUAGACGUUGAAAUUGUGUUUACUAAAGUGAAACUCGUAUCUUCCUUUCUAGUCUUCUAUGUUUUCCCUUUGAAGUAUUUAUUUCUCGUUUCCCUGUUGUUUGUUCUCGAACCAAUGCUUGCUUAAAUUUAAAUAAAACUGAAUGGAUUUUUUUUUAGA